GAUACUGUGCUGUCUGAGACAGAGAGUGGUUUGUUUAAAAACUCCUAGUUCCAAAACUGUUCAAUUUACAAUUUUAUAGGUUACAAUCAUGUUGAUUGACGACUUAUCACAAUAAUUAUUUUGAAAGUUUUUAAAUGCCAAAAUAAAUUGCCUUGAAGUUUUAUUCUUCUACAAAGUUGAUAUGUUUAUGUAAAUUGAAUAAGGUAGACCAUUUAACUACGAAAUGUUCCAUAAAGUUUAUUUUAUACUUCUUUGCCUAGUUACUAGACGAUGUCUGGAUUGUGUUUUAGAUUUCAAUUUAUACUGCAGCAAACAUGGAGCAAAGGAUCAUAUACAACUAUCCAAUCAAGGAGAAAUUCGACAAAACCAGAGUUUCAGCCGCGCGAUUUAUACAAGUGGAUUACUUCUAAUAACAAAGAGGCUAACCAUUCUGCAGGUAGACAAGCAACCACCCUAGAGCCAGUGGGCAGCCGAUCGACGACCCUGUCACAGUACCCAAGUGCUCCCUGUAGCUGGCGCCGUCUCCAGGGGCCCGCGAGGUGGAUGGAGGCGGUGGAAAGGCGAAAUGAAUAACAGACGCCCGGUGAUGGGGGGAGGGAGGAUACUGAUGCUGGGUUUCGAGUUUGGUUAGCUCGAUGGUGCGCUCUCAAUCUAACAAGCAGGCAUUCACCGUGUGGCUAUGACAAACUAUGCUCUGCCUCCAUUUGCACCUGUUGGACCAAUCAGAGGCCUUCGUCUGGACUGUCAUAGCCAAUCCGGUUCAAGCACUCUCGUCUCUACCAGAACUUGAAUCGCAGUCUGAGGUAUCUACUAUAUUCAUUCAUACAAACGAUAUUCAGUUCAUUCAUCAAAUCGUUCGUUCAGUUGUUCAUUUAUUCUAUGUCGUGUUCAUAGUCUAAUUUAUCAAGCAUAAAAUACAUUAUUAAUUGACCGAGCGAAGUGAGGUCUAAGAUGCAAGUCGACGGUUUGGCAUUUCUCUUAAUGUUUAAAUGUUUAUAUAUGUUGCGCAUUUAUGGCGAAACGCG